GUUGAGCUUCAGUUUUCAGGGGCUCCUGCAUCUGUGUUCCUAGUACGGUACAUUGAGGUGGCAAGCACGUGAGGGCACAUGCAGCAGUUUUUCAAGACUGGUUGCAUUGAUCUCUAAUUAUAUCUGCUGCAUCAAGACGGCAAGUUGGGCCAGUUGGUUGGGAUUCAUAGUAAGGUUCGUUACAGCGCAACACAAGACAAGGACAAAAGAAGGUAUAAAACGAUGACACGGCGCUGACUCUCAAAUAAUAUUUCAUUGAAGAUAUGUCUAACAUAUAUAUAUAUAUAUAUAGGUGCCAGCUAAUAACCAUGACAUGCACAAGACACAGAGAUGCAUCGAGGCAAUUGUGACAAACUGACGCAUAGUCAAAAUUGAAAUAGGUAAUGCAGUUCUUUGUCUCAUGAAGAGUGAGAGACGGUUCGCUGAUGCAUGCUUUGUCCCUAAUCUUUAUAUUGUAAGCCUCGGUGAUUUUCUUGUCAAUUGGCUCAUGUGCUUAAAAAUUACACUGGUUUUUCUAAAUUCGGGGUGACAACCGCACGACUUGAAAUCCUCCGGGAGAUGAAGUGGUGCAACCCCUUGAAGAGAUAGCUCAUGCUCCCUAAGUCGAACAUUCACACAUUGCUUCGUUUGCCCCACAUACUCUCUACCACAAGGUAAUGGAAUGGCAUACACAACCUGCUUAGCAUAAGCGAUGAAGCUGUUCACAUAUUUGGCAGUGCAUUUUUCCUUCACUUGCUUAUCCUUCAGCAAAUUAUCAACUAACGGGCAUAUGCGACCUAUCUUAUGUUUCGCAGAAAAAUGAACAUCAAUGCUGUACCUUGAUUGAUUUAUACAUGUUUUAGAAUACAGUAGAAUAGAAUUCAACUUUAUUCGAGGUGCAUACACUCCAGGAAGGAGGCUGAAAGGCACAGUGCCUGACCAGGGCCUUCCUCCCCAUAGUAGGCAUGUUUCACUUGAUGGAUUACAAACAAAAAUAAAUAUACAAGGAGCGUAGCAUAUGCGUCAACACUUCUUGGCAUAAUAACAAUACAAAAUAAUCAAUCCAUGGUUAUAAAAAGAAAUGAAAAGCUGCAAGCCACUCCUAUGUCAGCUAUCUGAGGGAGUACGAAAACACCUGACAUAGGAAUAUACAGAAACACCGCAUACCGCAGCUAACAACUGCAACAUAAGAGAGAAAAACUGAACUGCAUAAUAGGUUAAGAGGCACUAGCUAAAGCUUUGGGUAGAAAAGCACAGGGUAUAACAAUGCAAGGUGGGCAUAAGCAAGAAUAAGCAGCCUUCUUGACACAGCACACGUGCCCUUCUUAAAUAUGUCGGACCUCAUGAAAUACCAAAAGACAAGCCCAGUCUUGUAAUUCCAGAGAAGACGCCGUUUCUCCUGGACUGCGUGACUGAAAUCUUCCAAAAGACUGAUACCUGUGUCUUUAAAUUUGCGCGCACUUUGUAGCAUGGCUCUUGUGCUUUCCAGCUUGAAAAGUUCACUACAAUUGGCCAGAUUUUGCUCUCCCUGUGUGCUCCCACCUGAUGCGCCCUUUCGAUAACUAUGUUAUCAAGUUUUAAGUUGUGUUCGCAGACGUUUCAGAGCGCAGCUCUUAGGCGGCCGUUUCUGCGGUGAGCGUUGGUGUGCCUCAGCAUUAUACCUCGGCGUAACCAAGCGAACGAUUCAGCGAAAGAUGAAAGUGAAUGCAGAGCACAGCGGGGGAGUAAGGCGCAAAGAGGAAAGUGGAGAGGAGGGUCCAGCACAACCAUGAGGCGGAAAGAAGAGGAGGGCUACAAGAUGGCGCCAGAGUAGCAUGCAUCAUAAAAUUUCUUGAUAACUUGAAAGUACCGCCACCCUUCGAACUCUGCCGUCGCCGCAAUGUCCUCGCCUCCUCCUCGCCCCCUUGCACGUCCCUUCCGCAGGAAUCUGUUUUGCGACUGUUUUUCUGCAUGAUGAUUGGUCUCCUUGCUGUUGCCCGUGGAAACACGUGGAUCUUGUGUUUUGCUUUUGUGCUGGCACCAUUUUUCUUAGCAAAAAAGACAUGCUUUUUGCUGCAAAACACACAAAAGGAAGACACAUGAACAUGAUACGUCUUCUAUGUCUUCUUGUCUAUGUCUUCUUUGUCUUCUAUAUGUCUUCCUUUUGUGUGUGUUUUAACUUGCAGCAAAAAAAUUUCUUUUAGCAAGCAUCAACUAGGCCAACAGGCAGUUCUGUUGCAACAUAUGCAUUCGUGCUUUCUCGACGCAUCGAACAUUGCACAUAUCGAACAUUGCACAUUGAAAUGACUACGUACGUCGCUAUGCCGGAGGACUGCGGAAAAGGCGUUGUGCAUGAAGUCCCUUUGUCCUUCUCGGACGCAGAUAUCUUGAAAAGGCUGCAAAUCUACGGGAAUCCUCCGGUCCUGGGAGUACGACGACUCGGAAGAACGUCGAGGACAGUUUUAAUACUAUUCGAAGACAAAGAGGUGUCGAGGUGGGUGAGACUUAAGGCGUAAAUAUAGUCCGACGUAACGCGCGCGCGCGCUCACACUCGCUUCGUUACGUUGGCGAAAACAACUCCUUCUAUAGUCUGACGCACUGCAGCGCCGACGCAACCGGGGGCUGCCAGCGCGCCCCGACGUGCCCGGCGCAGAUUUGGCUCCUGCUCCAUUCGCGCGCCGCCGCCGCCGACCACGUCAACCCACCAUGCAUCGCGCGAAGGAAAAUGGCGGAUGCCUGUGCGAACAACAUGAGUGGCGCCAGCGGCUCAAACGUUGAACUUGCAUCGGAUAGCGUGGUGGAGAGAUUUAUCGAAGCCAUAAAACAACACCCCUGUGUGUACGACACUAAGCGAUUCCAUUUCAGGGACCAACAGCGCAAAGAGAACGCGUGGGAACAGAUACGGCAGAGCAGCGGUCACUCUACAGUUGAAGAGUGCCACAAGUUGUGGAAGAAGCUCCGAGAUCGCUUUACCCGCGAACUCAAAGCAAUCGAGCUCGCAACGAGGAGCGGCAGCGCCUACGUCGCGAGGCAGACGUGGGAGUUUGCCGAUGCAAUGAGCUUCUACAAGAACUGUGGUCGUCCCAGAAAGACUACCUGCAACGUGGGCUCAGGUGCCGUGCCAAGAGGUGAUGACAGCGGCUCAACAGCAGAAGAAAUCUUUAACGCAAUACAAGGCAACUCGUCAGCACCAUCGCCCAUCGCCAAUGCUGAUGACUCGGAGCCUGCAGCAGCUAGUCCUGGUCAACCUGCCAGUCAGGAAGACUUCACAGUGAGCGAGCCACCAUCAAAACGGUCAAAGAAAGGAAGGAGUUGCGACUACUUCGAGGAGCAGCUCCUUUCACAGCUCGGCAAACAUGCCACAGAAAACGAGGCUUUCGGGCAGUCUAUUGCCAUGAGCCUUGACAGGAUGCCAACGAGAAUUGCCUCUCGCUUUAAGGUUAAAAUAAUGGAACUCUUAGCAGAAUUUGACCAGUAUGAGGCAGAAUAUUAAGGUAUACUUUUUGAAGCGUAGGUGACAGCAAAUACAUUAUUUGCACUUUAUUUCUUUUGAUAACCUGAAUAACAUUGCAGUUCCUUUUUUUUUUGCAUUUCCUGCCAUGCAGUGCAGUUUCCUGAUAUCAUUGUGUUCAUGUUCGUAUUGUUUAGUCAGCUGCAGAGCUGUGAUAUAUUUGUUGUUUGACUGUUGACCUGUUUCACUGUGAGUAUUGCAAGUUUCAAUGUAGUUAGUAGUCUCCUGCCUCUUUCACCGCUUCAUUUCUUCGCAAUGCAAGGUGCAAUGCAAUGCAAGGUGCAAUGCGCUUUGUUUCUUUUGGUAACCUGAAGGACAUUGCAGUUCCUUCUUUUUUUUUCAUUUCCUGCCAUGCAGUGCAGUUUCCUGAUAUCAUUGUGUUCAUGUUUCUAUUGUUUUAGUCAGCUGCAUAACUGUGAUAUAUUUGUUGUUUGACUGUUGACUUGUUUCACUGCAAGUAUUGCAAGUUUCAAUGUAGUUAGUAGUCUCCUGCCUCUUUCACCGCUUCAUUUCUUCGCAAUGCAAGGUGUGUGUGAUAUCCUGGUAACUUGAAAGCAUUUUUUUUCAGCGCAGAAAUAGACAGCACAUAGGAAAGGGACACACGCAGCAGAAAGCAGAGUCCUGUGUUUGUCCUGCUUGUGUUUGUUUCCUACACACUGUCUAAUUUUACGCUGGAAAAUGCUUUCGAAUCACCGAGACCAAAUAGCACAUCUUUAUACUCUUGCAAGUGAUCUCAUGCUUUGAGACUUCUAUUGAUGGCAAACAAAAAGGAAAAGAGGCCCCCUGCUGAAAUUCCACCAUAUGUUUACUCACAGAGCACAUGUUGAUUUAUAUGUCAAAUGCCUUCCGCAAUAUAAUCCUACACACCUUGAUGUGUUCAAACUAAACGUUAUAUACGAAAACAGUUCAAUAACAUGGUACAUGAAACAAGCACACAACUUAAUGUGGUAUGCCUGUACUAGAAGCAGGAACACAAAUGUUACAAGAACCGUCACAACACGCAUGUUAUAUGUCACUGGUGCAAACCAUGUAUAACUCCUGAACUGACCGAUCACGAGAUUGAUAAAUGAAGUUUCACAUUUUGA